CAUCCGAGGAUCGCUCUCUUGACUGUCGGAUUAUCACAGAUUUUUUCUUAUUUUUUUUUUUUUUGUAUAGCACUGCGAAGGCCGAACAGGGGACGGAAAAUGCCACGGUCAUUCUUGGUGAAAAGUAAAAAGGCGCACAGUUACCAUCAGCCACGAACUUCAGAGGAUGACUACAACAGACUGGAUACAAUACUGGAGCACAUAUGUUCAGAGACAGAUAAAAAUCCAGAGGACAGUCAUACCACAACGGUGGACGGAUACGGACUCUCUCCCGGUUGUCAACUAAUCGCGUUUUAUCCCUCCAAGUCCCCGCUGAACUGCGGCGACAGCAUCUACGGGCGUUCACCUGACUACGAGGACUUCUGGAGGCCGCCAUCUCCCUCGGCAUCCCCCGCUGACUCCGAGAAGUCGUUGUCGCCCUCGGUGGAUGAGACGCAGCCGUUCACGGUGCCCUUCAGGCCUUACGCGUGGAGCAGCUACUCGGGCUCGGACGUCACGCACCUAGCGCAGCGCACCUUCCCGUGCAACGUGCACGCGGACGGGAGCCCGCCGCUGGCCUUCUGCGGCGACCGGACGGGCGAGCCGCCCCUCUUCCCCGACAGGCCGCUCAGAGAGGAGGAAGACUACACCGCUUACAGGCACGGCGCCUGUCUGUACGACGUCGCCCCCGGGCUGUUUCCGGACGGAGGCCUCCACCGUAAACCGCACGACGUCAAAUCACAGUCCGAGCUGCUCUGCUCGCGCCUGCUCCUCGGCGGCGCCUACAAAUGCAUCAAAUGUAGUAAGGUGUUCUCAACUCCGCAUGGUCUGGAGGUCCACGUCCGCAGAUCGCACAGCGGAACGAGGCCUUUCGCGUGUGAACUGUGCGGUAAGACGUUCGGACACGCGGUGAGUCUGGAGCAGCACAAGGCGGUGCACUCGCAGGAGAGAAGUUUCGACUGCAAAAUCUGUGGCAAAAGUUUUAAAAGAUCGUCUACUCUGUCAACCCAUCUCCUCAUCCACUCCGACACCCGGCCCUACCCUUGUCAGUACUGCGGGAAGAGGUUUCACCAGAAGUCAGAUAUGAAAAAACACACCUUCAUCCACACAGGUGAGAAGCCGCACAAGUGCCAGGUGUGUGGGAAAGCCUUCAGCCAGAGCUCCAACCUCAUUACGCACAGCCGGAAACACACCGGCUUCAAACCUUUCGGAUGCGACGUCUGCGCCAAGGGUUUCCAACGAAAGGUGGAUCUUAGGAGGCACAAAGAAACGCAACAUGGGUUGAAAUGAAGUGGACCGUGUGAUACUAACUACCCCCCCCCCACCUUC